CGCACCACCAGGCCCCUCCUACUUCCGGUAAGAAACCGCUAUCUGUCAGACAAAACAUCCCGAGCUGAGAUCCGCUACACGGACGCACUUUUACUGAUACCGCUCCUGUUUGACAGUCGUUUAUUUUCGGGUUUUGGAGCCUCUUCGGGCACACACAGAGAGCAUGCCCGGACAGAGGUAACCGUACCCGGGCUGUCGCUGCCCCCUCAGCCGGCUGAAGGACGGAGCAGGACGGACAGACGCAGAUGGAGAGGCCGGGCAGGCUGCUGCUGCUGUCCGAGCUCCGCGUCAGAAACGCCGCGUACGAUGUGAGUUUGAGCCGGUCACUGCUCACCUGGAAGAGACGGAUCUCCAGCCCGGUGUACCACCCGUUUAGACCCAGGUUUUGUGUUCCUUCGUUCCCUCGUCGACCAGACUCAGGUGUGGUUCACAGUGUGUCAGUGUCAGAGAUCAUCUCUGUCAGAGAGGAAGAGGAGGAGAAAAGCAGCAGCAGAAGAGACAAUGGCAAUUGGAAAAAGAUCAAAGAGAGAGAAGGAAAGGACUGCAGGCAGGCCUUCACAGUGUUGUACGUGGACAGGUGUCAGCAGCACCGCUGGCGGUGUGCUGAGGUCACCUUCACGUGUCCAGACGAGGCGCUGUGUCAACGCUGGGUCAGCAGCAUCAGAGAGCAGCUCGCCGCUAUCACCAGCAGACCCAAACACCUGCUGGUCUACAUCAACCCGUACGGCGGGAAGCAACAGGGCAAACGCAUCUACGAGGAGAAGGUCGCCCCGCUGUUCGCCCAGGCAGACAUCUCCACGCACGUCAUUGUGACGGAGUACGCCAAUUAUGCAAGGGAUCACCUGAGGACGGAGGCGGAGCUGAAGAAGUUUGAUGGGGUGGUGUGUGUCGGAGGGGACGGCAUGUUCAGUGAGAUCAUCCAUGGGCUGAUCUGGAGGACACAGAUCGACGGUGGCGUAGAUCCAAACUGUCCGGAUGAAACGCUGCUUCCCUGCUCGCUUCGCAUUGGAAUCAUUCCUGCAGGUUCAACAGACUGUAUCUGCUUCGCCACUGUGGGCACCAACGACCCCGUGACCUCUGCACUGCACAUCAUUGUGGGAGACUCUCAGCCGAUGGACGUCUCCUCGGUUCACCACAAUAACACGUUCCUGCGAUACUCCGUCUCCCUGCUUGGAUACGGUUUCUACGGCGAUGUGCUAACUGACAGUGAGAGGAAGAGAUGGAUGGGACCGGCCAGAUACGACCUCUCAGGUGUGAAGAUGUUCCUGACUCAUCAUUACUAUGAAGGAACAGUUUCCUUCCUGCCGGCCAGAGGCAUCAUAGGAACGCCACGGGACGACAUCAGGUGUCGAUCUGGCUGUGUGGUUUGUCAGCACAACGGGCAGCUACUUUCAGAGAGAGCUGAGAGAUACAAGAUGGAUGAAGCAUCAGACAGCGAGAGUGACGGCGAGUGGAGGACAAUCCGAGGGAAGUUUCUGGCUAUAAACGCUGCCAGUAUGAGCUGUGCUUGUCCUCGCAGCCCUAAAGGCCUCUCACCUGCCGCUCACCUGGCCGACGGCACCACCGACCUCAUCCUGGUCCGAAAAUGUUCCCGCUUUGACUUCCUCAGACACCUCCUCCGACACACCAGCAAAGACGACCAGUUUGACCUGACCUUUGUUGAGGUCCACCGGGUGCGGCGUUUCCGCUUCACACCGCGCCACUGCCAGAGUGACUCGGACCUGGAGCUGGACCUGCGGGAGAGCGGCAAACACCAGAUCUUCAGCCAGAUCUGCCGAGACCACCCGGCUUGCGGCUGUGCCCCUGCCUACAGCAGCUGGAACUGCGAUGGCGAAAUCCUGACCCACACGGCCAUUGACGUCAGAGUGCACUGCCAGCUGAUCAAGCUGUUUGCACGCGGGAUCGAAGAACCAACGGUGUUCGAGGAUCUCACCAACCCCUGUGCACUAUAGACCUUCGCCCCCAUUAUUCCCUGUCAGACACUGGAGUCGACGCUCUGUUUCCAGACUCUGCCUACGUCACUGCUGCUGCCGCCAUCGAGUUGUGCUGUUACUCAGCAAAGAUCAGCAGUAUGGAGAGAAACAAAACUUUACUUUCUGGGUCUGAAAGUCCAAAAUGAUUUCCUCACAGACAGGUAGCGACGUGUAGUUUCCUUAAAACAUCCCGACCAGCUUUAAAUCUCUUCUCUGGAAACUAGCAGCUGUUUGUAGGAAAUAAUCAGGAAAUUACUGACCCGGAGAGUAAGGCUUCACCCUCAGAUUUUGGAUUUGUUCUGGGUGAUUUAGUGUUUUGAUGUGAACAGUUGAAUGGUUGCUGGGUGUCUGGCACCUGAUUUAUUUUAAAUAUUCAACUCCAGUCCUGAAACCUGCCCUUUUUGAUAAUAUUUCUUCCCCGUAAUCCUCAGAUCAUGACUUGAUGAUCUGGUUACCUUGAGGUUACAAAUGUUGCCUGUUACAGUAACAAAAUGUUUAAACAGAUGAAAGCUUCUGUAGGUGGAAAACUCAAGUCUGGUUUUAAUCUCAAGUCGGGUCUCUUCUUUCUGUUCGUCUUUCUGUGAACUCAGACUUCUUUGGAGCCACAUUGGUGUUUUGACUUGGACUCAUCUCUGUCUUGUGGCCGUUCUGACUCGGACUUGUCUCAGUUUCAUGGGUGUUUUGAGCUGUCACUCAGCAGUUAGGGGUCUUGACUCGGACUGGAACCCAUUUAGUCUUGGCUUUGACUUGAUAACGAAACUGCCCGGACUUAGACUUGCGGUCUUGACGUGAACUCGACCCCUAUUUGGACUUGAACCGGAACCUGCUUUGACUUGGACUUGUCUUAGACGUGACGCAAAUAGUCUGUUGACUAAUGUCUAUAUGAAUUUUUUUCUGAAAAAAGUUAUCUGACUACCGCUGUAGCCUUGGUCUCGAGUCCGGCCUUAAGACGUUUUUUCUAUUAUCUGACUUGUCUCUGACUUGUGGAUGUUUUGACUCGCACUUGUCUCGACUGCAGCCCUGCAGCAGAGAGUUUUUCUAUUUAUUCAGCAUAUAAGAUAAUUAGAAAUUGUUACAGAAAUGUUACCUUGUUUGCACUUUUUAAAUAGUUUUUAAUUAUUUUAAAUAUAAAUUAUCUUGGAUUUGGAAUUAUCUGUUACAUGUUUUAAAGAUGCCAGACACCUGCCAGUCAUUCCUGUUAUUUUCUGCUUCUCAAACAGGUCCAUUAGAGUUAUCUCCAGUCCUCCGCGUUUCCAUCGUCUCUCAGGAAGACCUGAGCGCAAUCGUAACUAUGAAAUUGUAUUUUUACAUAUUUCAAUUCCCAGCAAUUUAGGAAAGAAAAUAUGACAAAUCUCAAAUUUUGAUUUUAGUCAAGAAAGAUUUGUGCAAGUCAAGCUGGUCGUGGCUGAGCAAGCUGAGCAACGCACACAUGAAUGUUUUUAAUCUUCCAUUUCUGCUCAAUAUGCAAAUGAACUAAGUCGGAGCAAACACAGCAAAUCACGUGAAGAAGUACUGCUUUACCACCAAUGUUUCACACACACUGUGCAGAUAUAUAUAUGUCUUCAAAAUGAGCUGAAGUUGUAGCUGUAACUUCAAUUUACUCUGUGUGAGGUGAUGUUCUGAACUCGUCUGUCGGGUUAAUUUUGUUUUGUAAAACCUCAAGAUGAUCAUCUGAGCCUUCCACCAAUCAAAUAAGAUUCACAUACAACAAAAGACCAAAAGAACACUAAAGCAGUGGUUCCCAACCUGGGGUUCGGGACCCCAAGUGGUUGCAAAAUAAAUCUCAUACUGCUACACAAACCUAUGUUUCAUUGACAAUUCCCAUCAGCCUCAGCUGUAGCAUGCUAACACACUAAACUAAGAUGGGGAACAUCUCAGGGCUAAACAUUAGCUUGUUAGCAUUUAGGUCAAAGCUAAAUGGGUCAUAAGUAGCCUUGUUUUAGGGGGUCACAAGCCAAAAAGGUGGGAAUCACUGCAAUAAAGGGUAUCGACGGGGCUCUCCAAGUACUUUUGGCAAUAUAGAUUUAAAAUGUUUAUCCACAAAUACUUCUACUAAAAAUGUUCUCAACUGAGUCCAAUAAGAAAACUGUUUGUGUAUAAAUCCAUCUCAGUGUGAAAAAUGCAGAUUAUUUCACUUGUUAGAUAAAAAACCCGGUUAGGAAUGGUAUUGUAUUGGUGGAAGGUUCAUAUUAUUGGUUUGAAGUUUUGUGAAUUCUGGUUUUGUUAAAGGAAAACACACGUUCAGUCUUUUUAAUUUUUAAAUCAUUGUAGGUUUUUAAUUUUAAACAUUCACAGUGGACAGCUCUGAGCAUGUAGUAGCCUGAUGUUAACUGUCUCUGUAGCCGCUGCUCACUGUGUCCACAGGCUUUAAUUUUUUUUUACAAAAUACAAUCUACAUGUAGCAGCAUCAUCUGUAAUGUUAUUUACUAAUAUUAUUCAUAGUGAAGAUGCAUUUUCUCCACUAAGCCUCAGGAUGGUGAAGUCAGUCUGUCCAACAGUUUGGUCCACAGAUAUUUUCAGAUCAUCAUAAAAUGUCCCAAUUUCAUUCCUGCUUUCAAGAGGAUGAACCCUUAUGAUUUUAAUGACCCCAUGACUUCUCCACCCUCAGGACAAACUGUACAUUUUUUAAGCUCUACUACUAAGAAUCUCUAAAUCAUCAGGAUGUUGUUUGCAGACAUUGCAGCUUGCAUUGCAGGCAGUUGUCAUUCAAAACAUACAUUUAAUAGAUUUGAAAGAAUAUAACUGUUUCAAUUAAAUCCAUCCGUCAGUGUUUUGAAAAAUAAUUUUAACUUUGAGAUGAACCGGACAGGAAGUCGAGUAUGAGCACUGGACUGUCGGACUGUAGAUGCUGUUUGUUUGUUUGUUGACCAGCAGUACUGUUUCCUCUCUGCUGAGGUGGAGCUGGACUCAAACUCACGGAGGAGGGAACCAGUAGCAGCUCACGGUGCUCCAAAACACCAACCAAUCAGCUACCAGCUUCCUCCUGAUCCUAAUCUGACCAAAUACCAAUACCAAUGCUGGGGUUUAAUGAUGUAGCUGCCCGUCUGUCUGUGACAGUUGUAGCUCAGCUUAAGGGUCUUCACAGGUCCAAACUCUUGGACCCAGUCAAAAAACUACCUGUGGAAAACCUACAGGAACCCUACGUGCGUACAUUAAUUGUCAAGGAGACACAGACCUGAUCCAAAAGGGACCUGAAGACAGUCAGAACUGGUCUGAUAUAAAUCAGAGGAUAAUUAGACCUGUAUGUGGUGGACCUGAACAGAGAGAGAACACCAACAAUGACAAUGUGAACCCAGCCCGAUUCGGGUUGCGGGUCAAACCUCGGUUGGUACGAACCGAGUGGACCUGUGAAGACCUUUAGCUCAGCCGUCUGUCUCAUGUUGAUUUAUAAUGUAUUGAUGUACAAUCAGAGUCUGAAUGUUUGCUGUAAAACCCCCAAACAACAACAAACCAAAUGUGUUAAACAUGACCGAUGACUGAAGUGAAGUUUUAAUUAGGAGAGGAUAAAAAUAUUUAUUUACAUUUAGCAGGCUGUAAUUAUUAAUUAAAUGUGUUAGUGCUUUAGUACUAUAGAUUUAGUGACCGGUCAAACCAGAAACUGGCAAAUUCAUUUCCAUGUUUCCAGGAAGUAGUCUGUGCUGAGAGCUUGGUGACGUAAUAAAUGCGAGCUACUGUAGCUGGUGAGCUAACUGCUAACAUGCUAUUUAGCCAGGAACCUGCUGACGCUAGCCAGCCAUAAUAGCCCACCUAGCUAGCACAGUUACUGACAGGCAGUAGCUAACCUGUCCAGCCAGAAUAGCUAGCUGUCACGCUAGCUGGCUUGCUACUAGCUAAUGUCGCGUUACGGUUAGGUCACACCAGAAAGUGGCUCAGCGAAAAUCAUCUGCGCAUCUUUUAAGAAAAAGGCGGUGCUGGAAUUUUAGUGACGUAGUGAAAAUCAAAAACGUGAGGUUUUCUUGUUCUUCACAUUCUGCAGACAUGCUUUCUAGCAGUUAGCAAGCUAGCUACAUCGACAAUAACACACAGCUAAUGAAGGGAACCCAUUAGUAUCAUGGACUGGUGGGUGACGGCUGACGGUGCUUCAUCUCUUUGUGGAGCAGUUUAGACUCCAGCAAAGGUGUCGUAUAAGACUGAAUGGUGGCACACAGCUGAUAUGAUAGCCUCCUUAAUUUUGGACGCCCCAGCUGGCCAUUCCCUCAAAGGUCAACACUUUCAAGACGGUUUGAAUGUGUCAGUCAGCGCACAUUUGCAUGUCAAAGUUGAAGUCUACGCAAAGGCUUCUUACAAAUUCAAUUCACCCUUAUUAGUGAAUCCACUGAUUGCGGAGAUCAGACAUUGAAAUUAACUGAGUUUGUCAUGAAAUGUUUCUGAUAUAAAUGCUGUUGGGACCUGGACCUUAACGCAGCACAGAGGGAAAUAUGUAAAAACCCAGAUUAUAACUGAACAGGCAGAGUUACAGAUGUAACCAAAUCAUGAGAACAUCUCGUGUUGUGUUAGGCAUAUUGCUAUCAGCAUGUAGAACAUGUAGAAUGAAGGAUUAGCACUGCAAAUAAUGAUUAUUUUUAGUAUUGAUUUAAAUGUCUUUCUAAUUAGUUAUCUCUAAAAUGUCAAAUACUCAAAUGUCCAGCUUUAGUUAUCAAAGUCCAAAGUGAUUCUUUAAACUCCUUCUUCAAGUUUUACAGAAGAAAUGACAACGUUUAGCUCUGUGAAGCUAUUUCUUCCGAAUUUAAACCUCUCCAACAGGGAAUGUUUUUAUUUUCAACACUGUAGUUUAAUCUGACGCUGAAAACUAGUUUGAUCUAGUGAAUCAGUCGACCUCUAGCUGUAAUCUGAGCUGUAACUCAUCUUUACCUUCUGCUGUAGCUGUUUCAUUAUCAGGAAUUAAAAACUUAUUCAACUC